UCCGGCGGGCGGGCGGGACGGCGCCCCCCGCGGCCAGGCCUGGCCGGGCUGCGCUAGACUGGGCUCGGGCAGGGUCGCAGGGGCGGAGGUCGCAGGGGCGGGGGUGGCAGGGGAGCGGGUGGCAGCCCCGCGGGUCACAGCGCCGCCGCCGCCCAUGCUGCUGCCCCUAGCCUGCCUGCACGGCCGCGUCGCUCAGUGCCUGACCUCCUUGCUUUUACUUGCAGAGCCGCUCCCGAGGCCCCGGCGCGGCGCGAGGGCGCGGGGCGCGGCGUCCACAGGCGCCGAGGCUGCCCCCGCCGUCCCGCCCGCGAAGAUGGCGGCAGAGCUCUACGCUCCCGCCAGCGCCGCGGCCGCGGACCUAGCCAACAGCAACGCCGGCGCCGCCGUGGGCAGGAAGGCCGGGCCGCGCAGCCAGCCCAGCGCUCCCGCGCCCGCGCCGCCGCCGCCUGCGCCCGCGCCGCCCACACUCGGGAACCACCACCAGGAGAGCCCCGGUUGGCGGUGCUGCCGCCCCACGCUGCGCGAGAGGAACGCGCUCAUGUUCAACAACGAGCUCAUGGCUGACGUGCACUUCGUCGUGGGGCCCCCGGGGGCGACCAGGACGGUGCCCGCCCACAAGUACGUCCUGGCUGUCGGCAGCUCCGUCUUCUAUGCCAUGUUCUACGGAGACCUGGCGGAAGUCAAAUCUGAAAUUCACAUUCCAGACGUCGAGCCCGCAGCCUUUCUGAUCCUGUUAAAGUACAUGUACAGUGAUGAGAUCGAUCUGGAAGCCGACACGGUGCUGGCCACUCUGUACGCUGCUAAGAAGUACAUCGUCCCAGCAUUGGCAAAAGCCUGUGUCAACUUUCUGGAGACAAGUUUGGAAGCCAAGAACGCCUGUGUCCUGCUGUCCCAGAGCCGGCUGUUUGAGGAGCCCGAGCUGACGCAGCGCUGCUGGGAGGUCAUUGAUGCACAGGCCGAGAUGGCCCUACGGUCCGAAGGCUUCUGUGAGAUAGACCGGCAGACGCUGGAGAUCAUUGUCACUCGGGAGGCCCUCAACACCAAGGAAGCGGUGGUCUUCGAGGCCGUCUUGAACUGGGCCGAGGCAGAGUGCAAGAGGCAGGGGCUGCCGGUCACCCCACGAAACAAGAGGCAUGUUUUGGGGCGAGCCCUCUAUCUGGUCCGAAUUCCAACCAUGACCCUAGAGGAGUUUGCCAACGGCGCUGCACAGUCAGACAUCCUGACUCUGGAGGAGACCCACAGCAUCUUCCUAUGGUACACGGCCACCAACAAGCCCCGCCUGGACUUCCCCCUGACCAAGAGGAAGGGCCUUGCCCCGCAGAGGUGCCACCGAUUCCAGUCUUCUGCCUACCGCAGCAACCAGUGGCGGUACCGCGGGCGCUGCGACAGCAUCCAGUUUGCAGUGGACAGAAGGGUAUUUAUUGCAGGGCUGGGCCUGUAUGGAUCCAGCUCUGGGAAGGCUGAGUACAGCGUGAAGAUUGAGCUCAAGCGGCUCGGGGUGGUUCUGGCUCAGAACCUGACCAAGUUCAUGUCAGACGGAUCCAGUAACACCUUCCCGGUCUGGUUUGAACACCCGGUCCAGGUUGAACAAGACACCUUCUACACGGCCAGUGCCGUCCUGGACGGCAGCGAACUCAGCUACUUUGGGCAGGAGGGGAUGACGGAAGUGCAGUGUGGAAAGGUGGCCUUCCAGUUCCAGUGCUCCUCGGACAGCACCAACGGGACUGGGGUCCAGGGUGGGCAGAUCCCUGAACUCAUUUUCUACGCCUGAGGUGCCCGGGGAGGCUGCAGCAGGUCAGUGAGUGAGUGGAGGGGAAGUCAAGAUGCUAACUGCUUCCUGACACCAUGAAAGACAGCUCUUAACCUUGUCUCUUUGACACAUAGUCAGCUGAAGCUUGAUUGUGUAAAGUAGAGACCUUUUCCACACAGCCAGAGCCCGGGGAUUGGAGUCUUAGGCAUUUCUGGUACACUGGGGUGCACGUCUCAGGUGGAGGAAGAUUUAGGGCUCAAGACAGGCCCCAGAUCCCCUCCCAGUGGCACCCACGCCACCUGCUUUGAGGGGUUGGAUGUUCCUGCUACCCUCUUGGAUUCUAAGUGGUUCCAAGCUUAACUUGAGACCUUCCCUUCAAAUGUAAAAUCGGCAAAAAGUCACUUAAAAUAGUGGACUUCUGUAAUAAAGCUUGCCUAAAAUAACA